AUUGGACGUAGGGUUUUAUGUAAAAGGCAUCAGUUUCUUCUCCUCUUUUCCUCUUCGAAGCAUUUCUCCUCCCCGGCGGCCGGAGUUUCUUCGCAACCCUAAUCCCCAAUGGCUUCGGAGAAAAAGCUCGCGAACCCGAUGAGGGACAUUAAAGUGCAGAAGCUGGUCCUCAAUAUCUCCGUCGGUGAGAGCGGCGAUCGUCUGACCAGAGCCGCCAAGGUGUUGGAGCAGCUGAGUGGGCAAACUCCUGUUUUCUCCAAAGCUCGAUACACUGUCCGGUCUUUUGGUAUUAGACGUAACGAGAAGAUUGCAUGCUAUGUUACCGUCAGAGGCGAGAAGGCGAUGCAACUCCUGGAGAGUGGACUGAAAGUCAAGGAAUACGAGCUUUUGAGGAGGAACUUCAGCGACACCGGCUGCUUUGGCUUUGGCAUUCAGGAACACAUCGACUUGGGUAUCAAGUAUGAUCCAUCCACGGGUAUCUAUGGUAUGGACUUCUACGUGGUUCUUGAACGGCCUGGUUACAGAGUGGCACGGCGCAGAAGGUGCAAGGCUCGUGUCGGGAUCCAGCACAGAGUGACGAAGGACGACGCCAUGAAAUGGUUCCAAGUCAAAUACGAAGGCGUCAUCCUCAACAAGUCCCAGAACAUCACCGGCUAAGUCUCUCUCUGGCAAUAUCCCAUAUAUAACUUUUGGUCUGUCCUAAAAGAGUUUUGUUUUAACAAUUUUUCUGAUAUUUUUUUUUCUAAACUUCUUUAUGUACCUCUCUGAUGUUGAUUCAUAUUUAUUUUAUGCCAAAUUGCUAUA